CGCUAAGAACGGACGUGCUUAUACAACUUAUAGACGCCAUUUUGUAAAAUGUUGAAACAUCCAUUUUAUCAAUACGGGCCUUCGGAUCUGGAGUUACCUGUGAACUUGAACUUUAGUGAGUUCAUUUUGGACAAACUUGUGGAGUUCAAGGAUAGAACUAUUAUAAAUGGCGCCACAGAAGAAACAAUAACCUACGGCGACAUCGCCCAAAAGGCGAUGAAUCUCGCUAUCUCCCUCUCUCGCCUAGGCGUUAGAAAGGGACAGGUAGUGGGAAUAUGUUCAGAAAACAGGACAGAGUUUUGGAGCGCCCUCGUGGGUUCUAUAUGUACCGGGGCGGCUUUGACCACAUUCAACAUGAUGUAUACUAAACAUGAAAUAACCCACGUAGCUUCAAUCUCAAAGCCGAAAUAUGUAUUUUGUUCACCACUAGCGUACAAAAUGCACGAAAAAAAUUUAAAAUCACUGAAAUUUAUUGAGAAAAUCAUCGUUUUCGGUGACGAAAAGCCGGCGGGAACUAUUUCGUACAAGGACUUGGUGUCAACUCAGGAAGUGAAAUACGAAGACUUCAGAGCAGCUGAUGUAAAUGGUCCUGAGGAUACGCUGUUCAUACUUUACUCUUCUGGCACCACAGGGCUGCCCAAAGGAGUUGCUUUGUCACAUCUAAAUGCUCUUAUCUCUAGCAGAUCAAGACUCAUAGAGACUCCCAAUCCACCGAAAUACCUGAUCAUAACUCCUUGGUUCCAUACAAUGGGCCUCAUGGGGUCUCUCCUAUACCUCAUCGCUGGGAGAGACAUGGUGUAUCUGCCCAAAUUCGAAAUUGAACUUUAUUUGAAAUGCAUUGAAAAGUAUAAGGUGACCCGUCUAAGUGUAGUGCCACCAGUUUUAGUGGCUAUAGUCAAAUACCCCAACAAAUACGACCUGAGUACAGUUGAAAUAGUUUACAGUGGGGCAGCACCACUCACUAAGGAGACAGCUGAUGCUGUGAGAGAUAAAUUUCCAAACGUGAAAUCGGUUCUUCAAGGCUACGGUAUGACGGAGACAUCUUUAGCCGUCACAAAAUGUACUGAUGAAAUGGUUAAGUCUGGGACAGUGGGGAGGGUCAUGCCUGGAGCUAUUAUUAAGAUUAUAGACUUGAAGACCCGGAAACCAGUCGGUGCCAACCAGCCUGGUGAGGUUUGCGUGAAAGGUGGCCUAGUCAUGAAAGGUUACAUCGGCAAAGACAGGAGAGAAGACUUUGAUGAUGAAGGGUUCUUCAGGACUGGAGACGUGGGGUAUUAUGAUGAGGAUGGGGACUUCUUUAUUGUGGAUCGGCUGAAGGAGCUUAUCAAGUAUAAGGGAUACCAGGUGGCACCAGCAGAAUUAGAAGCAGUCCUGCUGCAGCACCCAGCGGUUCGUGACGCAGGAGUAGUGGGUAUACCAGACAGUCGCGCCGGGGAGCUGCCUCGUGCCUUUGUAGUUCUGCAACCUGGAGCCACGGCGACUGCUGAGGAUUUGAAGACGUUUGUGGCUGAGAAGCUCUCAAACCCGAAACAUCUGCGCGGCGGCGUGAGAUUCGUUGCAGAAAUACCGAAAAACCCCAGCGGGAAGAUUCUUCGCAGAGAGCUAAGGAAACUGGCUCAGCAGAGCAAACUAUAAUGUAAUAACUGACUGAUUAACACUACACUGCGCUCCAAAACACGAAUAGCUGAUGUGGGGGAGAAGACCGCCAGACUAAAGUGGGACUGGGCAGGCCACGUUUGUCGCAUGCACCCGGAUAGGUGGGCCAUCAUAGCCACCAAGUGGAUGCCUCAAAUUAAGCGCGGACGUGAAAGGCCCAGACGGAGAUGGCGGGACGAC